AUGCUCUUUGACAAUAUUGCUUACAGAGUUUUGGGGACGAGGGAUUAUGCAAAGUUGUUUCUGUGGGUCCCCAAAAUUCUCUUUCAAAUGGUACAAAAGUGGCCAGGAACUGAACAUUUUCGAAUCAAGGCAUUUAUAUCUAGUUUGCUUUGUGGAUCCCUAAUGGCCUUUAUUGCAGUAGGUCUGUACAAUGACAUGGAGUUUGAUAUUAAUGCCAUUGACAAAAACAUGUAUAAUCUAGCAUUAAUUAUAAGCACAUUUCAAGCUUCAUAUAAGACUAUUGUUAUGUGGUACAAAGCCUCAGAACUAAAAGAACUUUUAGAUGACAUCAUAACAAAAUUUUGGCCUUAUAAUUUAGCAGGCGAAGAUUUAAGUAAACGUUUAAAAACGUUUUAUUUUAUCAUUAUGAUUGUAAUGUUAUCUUUAUUAAGUGCUGCGUUCUUGUUUGGUAUCGUAUUUCUGGUGGUUCCACUAUUUGCCGAAAAAAGACAACUCCCAUUCCCAGCCAAGUAUUCAUUCGACUGGAGUCCUUCUCCUAUUUACCAACUCGUAUAUCUUUCACACACAAUAGGAUUUCUGGUCGUAAUGGUUUCCUGCAUUCUCGGAGUCGAUUGCAUGUUCUUAGGUAUUGGCGCAAGUGCUGUCACUCAAUAUCGGAUAUUGCAGAGGGCUUUCGCUUAUUAUAAUGCACCUGAGAUGAGGGAGGUUGGACAAAAACUGAAAGAACUCGAUAGGGAAGGAUAUGCUAGCGUUUAUGACGACAAAGCCGAGUAUUUUACGAGAUGUUUAAACCACCACUUACUACUUUUAAAGUAUGACGAAUUUACUGCUGAUAAACUCAUUUUGGCUGCUGUAUUGGCUUUAGGUUAUUUAGAUCAACUCAUGGUUUAUUGUAUUAUAGGCAACGAAUUAAACUACCAAGCAAGCUUGUUGCCAGAAUACAUCUAUAAAUCCAAUUGGGGAGAACUAGAGAAUAGAUCAUUGCAAAGAGAUGUUAUAUUUCUCAUACAACAUUCGCAAAGAGUUCCACAACUAAGUGCUUAUGGUCUUUAUGAUAUUAAUAUGAAUUCAUUUGUUAAGGUGCUUAAGCUGGCAUUUUCCUUUUACACCCUACUCUCUAAUAUUUCAAAUUAA